ACUAUAACCAGUUAUAACCAGGUAGACUUUAAUGCCAUCAAUGCUGUUUAUACCAAGCUUUUAUGUAGUUUCCACAAACACUGUUUAUCCAACCUCUUGAACAGCCGUGUUUUAAAGAUUGUUAGUGUAAACCUUGUCUUGGUUCUUGGAAAUAUGUCAAAGUGAGACCUCUCUGCCUGUUCAUGCUGUGUUCGGCCCGAGCUGGGCGUUGUGUAACGGCUGAGCGGUGAGAUGAGUCGGUCUCCGCCCUUCGGUCUUUAAAUACCAUCAAAACGACACCCGUUUACAAUUGAAGAAAACUGAGAUGUGUUAACGUCUUUUUUUAUAUUUCUGCUGUUUAGUUAGUACUUUAAGAGCUCGGUGUUUGUUUGGGGCUGCGGACAUGGAGCUGGACCGGCGGCUGUUGCUGGCCCACUGUGCCGUUCACGCCCUGUCCAUCGUGGCGGGUUUACUGGUGGUCGUACCGAUGGCUCUCAACGGAUCUGCCUUCAAAGGCCGCUGUGCACUCUUCUCCAGCGGCUACUGGAGGAGCGAGGACCGGGACGAGCUGCCGACACAGCCCGGAACCGUCCCACAUCUGGUGGUGCAGCAGUGGGGCCCACCGGCAGCCUGCCAGUGCGUCACGUUUGUGGGUAUUUUCACGGUGCUGUACGGCGCCGCGCAGGGAUGGAGGUGUCUGUUCUAUCUGCACGGACGGCAUGACGACACCCUGUUUUCAUCCUUCCUGACGGUACUGCUCAGUGUGUGUGUCCUCUUCCUGUCUGGAGGGGCCAGUGUCAUUCUGUCACUGGGUCUGGUCUCCUGGUGUGACACAGUGACUAACGACAACACACAGUCCUUCAGCUGUGCAGAGUCCCAGUCUGUCCCUCUUUACCUGGAUGUUGACACCUCUUCCUUCUACACUGAGCUCAGCCUGGCACAGGUGUCUUUGUGGGCUGUGACGGCUCUGUGGCUCACCCAGUCCAUCCUGGCUGUCUUGCGGCUCUACCACUCCCACAGUCAGCACAUCAGUGGCCCAUGUCUGCCCAGAGAGAAGGAGCUGCUGCUGGGACACAGUCCAUCUGACGGAUCCCCAUCUCCUCUUCCAGUAACACCCACCAUCUUAGUCUGACAUGGAUGAGGCAGAAAGAAGUUCAGACUUUCAUAUUCGUUGUAUGAUCUUAUUUGGUACCAUUCAUAAAUUCACUUUAUAUAAUAUACAGACUGCACAGGGGCAAUAUCAUUUACAUCACAUAAAAACAUCCCAGUUGUCCGUGCCUAAACCAAACAUCUCACAGUGCCACUACAGCUCAGCCCAUUUUCAGCUUCUCAUAUAUUAUUAAAGAGGGCUGUGUGUCAGGAUGAUACAAUGUGCAUCACAAUACAGGAAUUACAAGUAAAUAUAUUUAUUUCUUUAUAUAUAAGCAAAGCACCCACCAUGAUUUUUAAAAUCAUUGUAGAGAAUAAUAUACCUUAUUCAGAAGAGCAGAGUUAAAACUGAGUUCACUAUCACUUUCUUCUUGUCUCAGUUACCUUGUGGUGUCAGACAGCUGAACAUUAGAUUCUAGCACCGCAGUCUAGGAGUCAGGGGUUUGCAUGACACAAAAUAAACCAAAAAACUAUUAAAUAAAACUCCAUACAAAGUUUUUUUAAGUAUCACUUCAGAUCACAAAAUAUUAUUAGUAUUGUCAUGAUACUCAAAUGUAUGUAACUCUAUUAUUAAAUUCAAGACCUGGGUAACUAAAUUACACUUUUUAUAAUUUUGUUUCCUAACUGUUUCCUAACUUGUAUUUCCAUCUGCCCAUCUGAAAGAAAAAUUCUUCAAUUUUUAGUCGUUCCAAAGAACUUUUUUGUGUAGCCAUACCUAUUUUGCAUUGCAGUAGGGUCAUAUGAAUCGUUGCAAUGCAUAGUUGUUGAUAGAAAAUAAUUUUUAAUAAAACAUUUGAAUUUUAAUUCACAAUGGAGAAAUUGAUUGAAAAAGCACACUUUAUUUCUGUCUUUCAUCUUUCUGUGGAUUAGGAAAAAACAGUAAAUAAUGUGCUAUAAAUGUUUUUUUAUUUUGCAGUGUACUGACAGUCUACAGUGCAGUGUUCUCAAAAUGCUAUGAAUGCUAAAGUAUUCGUAAAUACCAACAGAUAAACCUUAGGUUUUGACAUUUGCUUUCUUAGAAGACAGAUUCAUUGCCGUUGAUUUAAAUAUAAGUCCAAAGAGCCUGAUGGAACUGCAGUGUCCAGCAUCUGAACCCAGCUCUCCUUUAUUAAUUGUAAUAAUACAUGACAAGAAUAAACAAUGCCAACAAGAACUCUUCAUGAGACUUGUUAGAGCCGAUGUAUUCAGUCAUCUGAUAACGAUAAUUAUGCUACAGUUAUUUAAAAGUUUCUGUAUACCAUUUCAUCAGACUGUGAAUUAAUUUAUGGAAUAAUAUGUUAGUUUGUGUCACUGAUGACGCUGCAGCAGAUGGUGUUUUUCUUUUGGUCUGUUUCUAUAUACUUAAUAUGCAUGAUUGUUUCUGUCGGAGUCUGACAUUGUGCACAGUGGUGCACUCAUCAGGGAGAAAACUUUUUGUAUAUUUGUUGUUGACUGGUCUGAGAGUAAAUUCAGAUGUAGCACUGAAGCGCUUUUAUUGUGAAACAUGUGGUGAGAGUGUGACUGAGCCACCAUGUACGUGAAACAGGCUCACUGUGUGAGCAUGACCCGAAUGUUCUGUUGUGUAACGGAAAACUCACUGCGCCCUCUCUCUCCUAUUGUGAUGAUUUCUUAUUAUGAUGCUGUUUGUGUGGAAACAACCGAUGUGAGGGCGUCUGAUGAAGCAGACAAAGGCUCUGUACUGAUCUGGUUAUUUAGUGGUUCUGGUCAACAGAGUCUGAAGAUUGAUGACUUUGCUGAGUUUCUAAAACAUAUGAUGCAGAGUUUCCUCUUCACUUCUUUCCUCUUGACUCAUUCGUUGUAAUGAUACACAGAUAUUGGAGAAAGAAAUCUGAUUAAAGAGAGACAAGAUAGUACUGACACUUGAAACAAACUAAUUUAUUAAAUGUUUUUGUACUUGAACUGAGGAUGGUGUUCCUUUUUACCUAUUAUACCUGUUUGUGGUCAUUCAUAUUCCUGUUUUUUGCAUUUGUCAUGGUUGUUGAAUAAAAACCCUCUCAU